GUUCUUCGCUAGCGUGCUCGGUAAAGCUUGCUAGCCCAUAUCCUGCGUACUUAGCCUGGAAGGCUACUACAGGCCGGAGUCGAGCCCCGCCGCCGCUACCGCCACAGCCGUUGCAUCGCCGCGCAGUGAGAGUUGACAGCUUCCUUGGUGACACAGAGACUUCUCCCUGAGGAGCCAAGAAGCAGACGGCUCAUGACUUCUGACCAGGACACGAAAGUUGUAGCUGAACCACAGGUGCAGCAAGUACAAGAGGCAAAAGAGAACGCUCAUUUGGAAUCCGCCAAGGUUUCAGACCUUAACCCCAAUGCGAAAGCAUGGGCCAACCACAUGUUUAGCCUCGAUCAGAGAGGGACUGCAGACACAACAACUGCUGCCCUGCAGCAAUGGAAGGAAGACUGCGAUAGUUCAACGAACCCUGGCCCAGAAGACUUUAGAGCCAGUGAGGACAAAGUUUACAAGGAACCUCUGAUUACUGAGCCAGAUGAGCCUCCACCAGCACCAGUAAUGCUGGCAGAGCCGGCUCCCAUUGCCUCCAUCACCCUGGAGUGCUCCGAUCCCGCCUACACGGAGUACCCCGAGCCCGGGCAGCCAGCACACACAGGCAGCGAUUGUCCGGCUGACAGUGCCCAGGAGGGCUUGAGGGAACACUUAAAGAAGACUCUAGAGUUCUGUCUGUCAAGGGAGAACCUGGGCAGUGACAUGUACCUCAUCUCCCAGAUGGACAGCGACCAGUAUGUGCCAAUAGUGACGGUGGCCAACCUGGACCUCAUCAAAAAGCUCAGCACUGACGUGGAGCUGAUUGUGGACAUUUUACGAUCGCUGCCGUUGGUUCAGGUGGACGAGAAAGGGGAGAAGGUGCGACCCAAUCAGAACCGCUGCAUCGUGAUCCUCAGAGAGGUUCCAGAGAGCACACCCAUUGAGGAGGUUGAAGCUCUUUUCAAAGGAGAGAACCUUCCUAAGUUCAUCAACUGUGAAUUUGCCUAUAACGAUAACUGGUUCAUCACGUUUGAAUCAGAAGCAGAUGCACAGCAGGCAUAUCAGUAUCUACGUGAGGAAGUGAAAACUUUCCAAGGGAAGCCAAUUAAGGCAAGAAUAAAGGCGAAGGCAAUCGCCAUCAACACUUUCAUGCCAAAGAACGGCUACCGGCCAGUAGAGGUUAACCCGUAUGCCCAACAGCGCUACACGUCCUACUACAUCCCACCAGUGUACAGCCCACAGCAGCAGUUCCCUUUGUACAGUCUCAUCACCCCGCCGGCCUGGUCAACCACCCACAGCUUCAUCGACCCAACGCUGGUCACUCCUUUUCACAACAACCAGUUCAUGAAUGGGUUCACCCCAUCACACAGCUUCAAACCAACAACGACGCCUCUCACCGUCAGACACUUCUCCCCCAGAAACAGGAAUCACAACAAGCCUCACUUAAGGCCGACGAUCCCCACAGCGGACCGCAGCGCCGGGCUGCUGGAUAACCCCGCUCUCUUCUCCAGCUUCCCCACCGAGAGACUCAACGGUGUUCGAAGCAGCCCGCCAUCGAGACUUCCUACCAGCCAAAACAGAACCAGGUUACCCUCCAACACGGCCUUUCCACGCAGAGACCCCGUGGGCACGGGGCGAGUACCAGAGCCCACCACCCCCGACUAUUCCCGAGGAAGGAAAAAGAGGGAGGAAAAGUUUCCGAGGAUGACCCCUCAGUCGCCGCCUCCCCCUCCCAAACCUCCGUCUCCCAGCUUUGAGCUUGGACCCUCCAGCUUCCCUCCUCUCCCUGGGGCGGCCGGUCAGCUCAAAACAGACGAUGCGUUCGAUAACCGGUUGACCAGCAGAACGGUCGUCGGAACCAACAAAGAACGGAAUGCCAGUGCUGAUUCCAGCAGUGGAGCAGCGCUCUCCCCAGCUAGUCCCAAAGAGCCUCUCUGGACCUCCACCUCCCCGAUGCUCCCAAGCUUCCAGCCCUCAACAACCACGACCCCCACCUCGGCCCCGUCGCUGACCCCAGUGACCGGGACGCCCCACAGUCCUGCUCCCUCCCUCCCAGCAGUGGAGGUGAAGGCCACAGAGGUGAAGCCAAAGGAGGUUCAGCUGUCUGUGGAGCGCGUUCCCGGGACUCUGUCAACUGCCAGCAAAUCGGUGCAGGUCAACGGUGCUGCCACAGAGCUGAGGAAGCCUUCAUAUGCUGAGAUCUGCCAGCGGGCGAAGGACGCUGCAGCCUCGCAGCAAGUCGCCACCCCCAAGGAAGCCAAGCCACCCUGCGUUACUGCCGCCGCCGAGGACAGGAAGUGCACUGACGCCCCCUCCCCUUCAGUGGAGGCCAAAGCCAGAGAGACAUAUCACGCUUCUGCCAAGCCCGGCUCGGCCAACCCAGCCAGACCCCUAAAGGAGGGCCGUAGACCAGCCGGUCGAUGGGCCUCCCCUCCCCCACACCCAGGGAAAACCUUCAGCAAAGAUCCCAACCACACCCCACCCAAGUCCCCGCAGUAGGCCAUCUCCCCGCCCCGCGUCCUCCAUCUCCCCCCCACAGUCCCCACAUGCGGUUAAAAAAGGAAAACGUCAGGGCUACAGAACCCCCAUCACAGUCGAGCAGAGAGGACGUCUCCUUCCGGAUCAGGGCUUGCAGACAAAAGCACUUUACUGUGCAUGUGGAGCAGCGUUUCUUUUGUUUUACUCUAUCUAUUUUUUUAUUCUUUUAUUUUCACCCCCCCUCUCCUCUCCUGUUGUUCAGCUCGGCCAACGUUUCUGGUCCAGACAGCCUUUGUGGGAUUCAGGUGUGCAGGAAGCAGCUAAGCAUUGAUGGAAGAAAACUCCAACGGAUUAUGGGAAGGGUGCACAAAGCUGACGCCGCCUUCGUUUUGUUUUUUUAUUGUUGGCUUAGUCUGCAUGUUGAGUGAAACUGGCAUGGAGCUUCAUGUAGCUGAACGAUGGAUCACUGUGAUGCGGUGGUUCAAUGUCCGGAGGAAGUCUGUCGUCGAGUCUGCGGAAAACUCUGAUUCUCUGGUUUACGUGAUGGUUUCAUUCCUGCUUGAUUCUCGUAUUUGUUGCCACUGUUUGUAACAAAGUGGGCUCUGUUUGCAGAAGUUUGUGGGUACGGUUUGUUCUGAUCGGCUCUUUGGCGUCUUCGUCUUCUCCCUGGAACCGUGCAGACGCUGCUGUUGGGUUCUCGGUAACUGAGCGGCUCCCGUGUCUGACGACUUCUUCCUGGUGUCGAGCAGGGAUUUUUUUUAGCUUCUCUAGCUAUUU